UCAACGCAUCGCCACAGGAGCGGCCCUCAACGCAGCAUUAUCCCCUGAAAUUGGUGGGUCCCCUCGAGGAUCGUAGGAGGAUCGCGAAAGCUCGGAAGCUGAAGGAAAUGAUGCGAUUAGAGAACAGGAAGGAGAAGAGUCAGAGGAAAAGCAAACCUCAUGAGGAUGAUUUCAGCUCGCCUUUAGACCACAGCAAGAUGACUAUGAGGGACCUCAUCUAUUACCUGCCGGACACCAACCCUAUGAAGUCAGCUGUAAUGGAAGAGCAGAAGCAAGAUGAGCAGUUCACUCCACCAUUUCCCAGCCAAGAGUUGCCACCGACUAAACCGGAAGUGGAAGAGGAGGAAGAUGAGGAAGAUGAUGAUGGCGCCAUGAAGGAUGAGGAUCUGUUGGUGCCCAAGGUGAAAGUGGCAGAAGAUGGCUCCCUGGUUAUUGAUGAAGAAAGCUUAACAGUCCGGGUAACGAGGGCCCAAGGCCCCAGCAUUGUGGAGGGGAACGACCCCGUCUUCGAGCGUGGCUCCACCACCACCUACACCAGCUUCAGAAACCUGAAGUACAGCAAGCCCUGGUCCGACAAAGAGACCGACAUGUUCUACCUGGCUCUCAGCAUGGUCGGAUCGGACUUCUCUAUGAUGUGCCAUCUUUUCCCCCAUCGCGACCGGAAGGAGGUCAAGAACAAAUUCAAAAGAGAGGAGAAGACCAGCUCGUGGAGAAUUGACAAAGCCUUCAGAGAGAAGCGACCCUUCGACAUGGAGUUCUUCAGCUCGCUGCUGGAACUGGUCUUGGCCGCAGACAAGAGGAAGAGAGACAAAUCCAAACCCAAAGGCUCGUCUGGGGAAAAACCGAAACGCAAGCGAAAAUGCAAGAAGGCUUCAGUGAAGGGAGCCAGUGAGGGCCAGGCCGCUAAAGAUGGCGAGUUGGACUGUGAUGUUGCCGAGGGCAACUUGGAGACGGCUGAGAAGGAGAAUGAGGACUGCUCCAACGUUGCCAAGGCCGAAGACUCCAAGAAGGUCACUAGAAAGACGCGAAAGCGCGUGAAGAAGAGCGAGGGAGAGGAGCAAGAAGAGGAGAAGCCCGACUCAACCGAAAACCAGGAAGAAGAAGUGAAACCAAAACGACGGAAAAAAAUGGCUAAUGGCAAGAAGGCUUCAGUGAAGGGUGCCAGUGAGGGUCAGGCCACUGGAGAUGGCGAGCUGGACGCCGAUGUUGCUGAGGGCGACUUGGAGACGGCUGAGAAGGAGAACGAGGACUGCUCCAAAGACUCCGCCAAAGGCACUAGAAAGAAGCGCAAGCGCGUGAAGAAGAGCGAGGAAGAGGAGCAGGCGGAGGAGGACCCCGACUCAGCCGAAGAGCAAGAUGUCAAAGUGAAGAAAAAACGGCAGAAAAAAAUGGCAAAUGGCAAGAAGGCCUCAUUAAAGGGAACCGAUGAGGACCAGCUGUCUCCUGAUGUGGAGGUGGGCGAUGGCGUUGCCGAGGGAGACUUGGAGGCGAGUGAAGAGAAGGAUGAGGACGGCUCCAAUGUUACCGACGCUACGAACACUGCCACGGCCACGAGAAAGAAGUGCAAACAUGCAAAGAAGGGUGAGGAAGAGGAGGACCAGGAGGAAGAGGAGCCUGACUCAACCAAAGAGAAAGCAGAUGGAAGAAAGAAAAAACAGAGUGAAAAGAAUCCAGAUGACGGAGCCAUUUUGGUCAACGUCACAGAGAAUGAAGUUGCCGGUGUCCAAUCAGAUGCUGAAGAGGCCGUGGGGUCCGAGACGAUGGGCAGCACAGUGGAGGGACAGCUGGAUGAACCGGUCCGGGUCCCCAGUGCAGAGGCUGAGCCCAGCUGGGUGCGAGGGAGAUCGACAGAGAACAUUCCAGACUCUGAGGAGAAGACAUUAGACAGUAGCAGGAGAGAAGAGGAGGAAUGCCGGGCGGAUGAUGUCUCUCUAUUCGAGAUUUCUGAUUGCAGUGCUCUUUUGGAGAGUGUAUUUGCGAUUGACGGGAGCACUCUCCCGCUCACUGAUGAGGAGAGUCCAGUGGGAGACCAGCAGGGGGAGCCAGGUGUCUCACCCGCAGAUGGACAGAAUCUGAUAAACAAUUCCAGGGUUGAAGGCCAGGAGUCUCCGCCUUCCUCUCUUCCACCCCCUGAGGCCACCUCCCCCAAAGGGCGUGGCCAGCUGCCGGAAACGGAGCUGUGGCCAAGGGCGGGGACACAUCAGGAGAGCCAUCCCUCGAGCAAACUGAACAUGGGGGAACGCAGUGAGGAAGAGGACCACGAUGAAGGAGGGUGGGAAGAUACGGAGGUGGAGGAGGAGGAGGAGAAGGAGGUACAGGACCAGGUCCAGGUGGAAGAACAGGGUUCUCCCUGUCAUACGGAGAUACUGAGCCAGGAGCAGGUGUUGGUGCCCCUAGGUUUACAUUCACUGGAACUGCUGUCCAAUGAGCUGCAGAUCCCCGCGGGCGUGUCCGAUGCCCCAGGCCCUGGCGCGUCUGCAGAUGCCCAACGCUCCGUGCCCGGGUGCGAGCGGGCAGAGGACGAGUGCGUGGAGCUCUCUGAGCAUCACCUGAACCUGCUGGUUGACGUGAUAGAGUCUUUAUCCCCGCAUCUUGUCGGAGGAAUGCAGGCCGAGGACGAUGACGAGGUGGCCAGGACUCUUCUGACCCUCAGUAACCCUGACCUGCAGUUCCCAAAAACCGCGAACGCCCUGGAUCCCCCUCAUUCGGCCCCAGUGGAAGAGCAGGAACCCGAGUCUGAGCAAGCUGGCCAAUCGCAGUGCAGCGGCCAAGCCCCGCAGUCUGUGACCUCUGACCUCCCCGUCACGUCGGCUCCUGUCGAUGAAGCGGAAACGUGUCCUGUUAAAGAGCCCGUCACAUCUGAGGAGGGAGAGCGCAUUGCUACCACCAGGAAUGUGAUGCCUAACAGUGAGCCCUUGUGUUCGGACUCCUUGUUCCAGAGGAGCGCCCCCCUGGGGAGGCGGAGCCGGUUCCCCAAACCCCAACCCAACCUGGGCCUGGCGACCCGAGCCCCCCGUACCCCUCUGAGGGGGUCCACCACAGCCCCCUGUCCAGCAGCGUUGUGA